UCCCUCCCUCCUUCCAUCCCUCCCUCCUUCCUUCCCUGCCUCCUUCCCUCGCUGCCGCCGCCGGAGAGGAACCGAAAGCGAAGGCGGCGGCGCUCCGGGCCCCGGGGGCGGCUCCGGGGGCGGCUGCGGGGGAGCGGAGCGGUUCAGGAAUGUGAUUUUUGCACAGUAGGCUGUAGGGAAUCCAGGAGGAGAAAGAGGCAUUGCUGGCAGUGAUGGGCUGCAGGAGGAGGCUGUGAGCUGGGGGGGGCUGAUCCUGCACCCCAUGCUUGGCGCGCCUCCCCAUCGCAGCGUGGCCGGGAUGAGGCCGUGGGUCGCACCAUGCCAUCAUGCGUCCCUGACAGCUCGCCCACCCCUGCACCCCUCUGUCGGGAUGGAGGCUGUGGCCGCCGAGCGCCUGGGGCACCGCAGGACCCCCCGCAGCUGAGCCCCCACCGCCCCAGCAUGGCCUCGCUCAUCGUGGUGACCGAGUACGAUGCGACGGGGAGCGUAAGCGAGGAGGAGGAGAUGAACGCACCUGGUGGUGAAGGUUUUGGGGACGGCCGAGAGCCGAGAGUGAAGCUGCACCUCUCCGGCCGAAAGCUCUCCCUGCAGGAGCGCUCACAGCCAGUCCGCUCGCCCGGGAGUGGUGAUGGCACCAACGAACGCUUCAUCUACCCAUCCCUCCCUUAUUCUCCGGUGACAUCGCCGCACUCCUCCCCACGGCUGCCACGGCGGCCGACGGUGGAGUCCAACCGUGUGUCCAUCACGGGACUCCAGGACUGUGUGCAGCUCAACCAGUACAAGCUGAAGGAUGAGAUCGGGAAGGGCUCCUAUGGGGUGGUGAAGCUGGCGUACAAUGAGGAUGAUAACACCUACUAUGCAAUGAAGGUUCUUUCCAAAAAGAAGCUGAUGAGACAGGCGGGCUUCCCCCGCCGCCCGCCGCCCCGGGGGGCCAAAGCUGCUUCCGAAGGGUGCCUGCAGCCCAAAGGGCCGAUCGAGCAGGUCUACCAGGAGAUCGCCAUCCUGAAGAAGCUGGACCACCCCAACGUGGUGAAGCUCGUGGAGGUCCUGGAUGACCCCAGCGAGGACCACCUGUACAUGGUGUUUGAACUGGUGAAGCAAGGCCCUGUGAUGGAAAUCCCAACCCUGAAUCCUCUCAGCGAGGACCAGGCUCGCUUCUACUUCCAGGACCUGAUCAAGGGCAUUGAAUACUUGCACUACCAAAAGAUAAUCCACCGGGACAUAAAACCUUCCAACCUCCUCGUGGGGGAAGAUGGACACAUCAAGAUUGCCGACUUUGGAGUGAGCAAUGAGUUCAAGGGAGCUGAUGCCCUCUUAACCAACACGGUGGGCACGCCUGCCUUCAUGGCCCCAGAGACGCUCUCGGAAACCAGAAAAAUCUUCUCCGGAAAGGCUUUGGAUGUCUGGGCCAUGGGGAUCACGCUGUACUGCUUCGUAUUUGGGCAGUGCCCUUUUAUGGAUGAAAGGAUCCUGAGUUUACACAACAAAAUCAAGACCCAAGCGCUGGAGUUCCCAGACCAGCCAGAAGUUACAGACUUCUUAAAGGAUUUGAUUACUCGUAUGCUGGAUAAAAAUCCUGAAUCUAGAAUUUCGGUCCCAGAAAUCAAGGAAAGUACUGUGCAACAGCCUUUCGCAGGAGAUUUCUGGUCCUCCGCCCCUGCGGCAUCCUGGAAGGGGCGAGAAGCUGAGAAAAUGGAGACUAAGUUACACCCAUGGGUCACCAAGAACGGAGCGGAGCUGCUGCCCACGGAGGAUGAGAACUGCACGCUCGUCGAGGUGACGGAGGAGGAGGUGGAAAAUUCAGUCAAGCACAUCCCUAGCCUGGCCACCGUGAUCUUGGUUAAAACAAUGAUCCGGAAGCGAUCCUUUGGGAACCCAUUCGAGGGGAGCAGGAGGGAAGAGCGGUCAUUGUCUGCCCCGGGGAACCUGCUGCCCAGGAAACAAGGCAGUGAAGAUAAUCUGAAAUGCAAUGAUUUGCCCAACGUGAGAGAGGAGGAACUCCUUUCGUGAACAUGGACUUUAUGGUUCCGUUGAGCACGUUGGUCUGGGGCACGUUAUAAAGUGGAUGAGCGAUAUUAACAGAGCCUACACCAAACGCAGCAUGACAUGGCGCUAUUUCAGUAUAAUGCUGGAUGUAGAGCUUACAUAGCAGCAUGUUAUAAGACAUCCGACUACUUGUCAUAGACAUUGAACAUCUCUGAUCACUUAGAUUGCUGACAUCUUAUGGGAGAGAUGCUGGCUGAUAGCAGAGAGGUGAGCUAUCGUGUUGAGCAGCAACACUGCUUUGCAAAAAAAAAAACCAAACAAAUGAAAAGCAGUCAAACAAAAAUGCAUUUGGAACUGCUUUUACCUGGUUUUAAUGCCAAAUAAUUUCCAGGGACUAAUGCCAGCAUUCCAGGGGUGCUGUACGCCCAUCGUAGAGUCGGUGGGCACACGCAGAAGGGUGAAGCUUUUGCCAAGUGGUACGCACAGCAGUAAAGCUCCACGUGCGCACUUGGAGAGUUCAUGACCUACCGGAAAUGUUGUUGCAUCUAUUUCUCGUUGUUCUGGUUUGUUUUUAAUCAAUACCUUUUUAACUGCAUGGGAACAAAGCAAAAAUCCAUCUUUUCAGCUUUUUUAAAGAAUGCCUACCUUUGUGAGCCAAGUUGUAUUAAACAGCAUCUUCCAGACAUUCAGAAAGUGAGGUUAAUUACCUCCUAAGGUAAUUAAUGCCUUUCCUAAGGUCUGGGCAUGACUAGGACUUUGUAAGUUGAGUAUUCGGUGUAUGAAAGGAAAAGGUAUCUAAGGGCUUAAGUUCAGUCUGAACUAUUUUUGCUGCAGACAUUGGAGUGAAAGGUGGUGUUUAGCUGAAUGUUUGUUUUGAAUAGCAGAGGAAGCACUAACAACAGUUUGUUUCUAAAUAUUUUACUUGAUCUAGGUAGAUAUAUUAUUAAAUAUAAAAUUCAGGGUAAAAUCCUUCACUUCCAUGUACAUUACAUGGUUUACUACAAUUAAAAACAAUACAACUUAUGCUAUUUUUUAAGUAUAGACUUAGGGCUUGCUUAGAAUUGAAGAUCUUAAUGAAGUACUUAGAUUAGCUAGUAAUUUUCAAAGAAACUUUUAAUCUGGAUUUUGGGGCCAAUGCUAUGUAUUUUUUGCAGGUUCGUUACUAGUAAUUUGUGAAUGCCUGUGGAUCAGAGGCUUGUUAGUAAAUUAAGUGUAUACCUAAUCCAUGGAUUGUUUCUUAUGAAGAGCUCUUUCACCAUCAGUCAGAUAACUCUGAUUAUUUUGUGGUGCUUGUAAAAAAUAAUAAUCUAUCAUGUGGUGGGAGAGACUCUGGAGUCCAGACUCACAUUCCCAAGUUCUCUGCGCUCAGACAAAGCUGGAGAAUGGCAGAGCGUGGGUGAGCUGGAGAAGAGCUGGGGUUUGCUCGGGGAAAGGGGUCACAGGUAAGUGACAGGUUUUUUUGUCUAUGGAGCAUGGAACUGGGGAGGAAGAUCUGACACCUUCUUUUCUCGGUCUGAUGUGGUUGUGUGACCUUGGAGGAAUUUUAAAUGAUGGUAUACCUGAAAAAAGGGGAGGAUAUGAAUGUCCCAGGGAUGUCAGGGACUGCUAAGGCCUAAUUCUUUGCCCUGAGGAAGGAGGCACUAGGAGGGACCCAAGUAUUUUGGUUAAUGGUAAGAUCCCUGCCUGCUAACCUUGGCCACGGGUCCCCUGCCUGCAGGAAGUGACUUGUCCCCUUGUCUUCCUUGAUCUCAGGCACUGCAAGCAGCAGAGUGCCUAAGUUCUUGGCCCUGCUCAGUCCCACCUAGCCAGUUAAUUCCUGGUUAGGACUGGUCUAUGUUAAAGCCGGCGCAGCAUUAGCAAGCGAGCAGGUGCCUACACAAACCGCCCCUUACAUCUUUUGAUUGCUUGAAGCAAUGCUCCCCCUAAAUCACAAUUUCUUACCAAAACAUUGUGCUGCCAUGGUUCAUAGUUCAGGAGCAGUACUAUGGAGUUUGGAGCCAUAAGACGCGCACUGUUUUCCUCCCAUUUUAGUCUGAGGCUAUGCCAAAGCCCUGCAGCUUCAGCUAUGGGAAAACCAAACAGGUAACUUGGGUGCCAGCACUACUACAGCUGCCUGCUCCCCCUUGCCUAAACAGGACUUUUUAUUGUGGAAAUGAGGGCGAGGGGGCAGCUUGGUUCUCUAACCUUGUAAAUGGACUUGUUCUGCCAAAAAAAAAAAAAAAGAAAAAAAAAUAAGGGGAGGUAGGGGGAAUCUGAUUAUUUCUAGCUGGUGCGUAGUGAUGUGUGGUGUGUUCUGUAAAGGUGAGUUGUAGAGAUACUCUGUGCUGCAUAUCUCCGGUUAGUGAUUUGUCCAGUGCCUAGCGAGAUGGUUUACAUUUACCAAACAGGCUUGCCAGGUGCAAUUCUAAACAGAAUAUAAGCUGUAUCAGUUCCUCAAUGCCCCGCCACACUGUUACUGGGCGUCAAAUAUUACCAUGGAUUGCUUAUGGCUAGCACGGGCUUGAUUCGUAAGCAUCCUAAAGCUCAGUACGUCCCUAAGGCACUCUCCAAAACGAUUGUCUCUCAGUGCCGGCUCUGGUAGGGCUGCAGCGAAAGGAACAUUUCUGAAAGAAACGCAAUGUAGAUUUUUUUCUCGUUGACUAGUCCUGUCGAAAGCAUUAAAGCGUUGCUGUGUGAGGAAGCUCUAUCUAAAUGCAUGACCUGUUAGAGAAGCUGUGCUGUGUAUAUAAAUCUGCUCAGUUCCCUAGCUGCUGUUCCUUAGUAGUAAAGCUAGCUUCUUUUUUUUUUUUUCUUACAGUAAAGGUAAACAUUUUGCUUGUGCCUUGGAACUGGGCUAUAGCUUGAUUUCCCCAACUCCCUUCCUUUCAAGCAAGCCCAGUGCUGACUGUAGGCUUAAUGCUGGGUACUAAGCCUUUUUGGCUCUGAAAGCACACAGGAAAGUGCUAAGGGGAAACCAGGCCUCUUGUCUUGAGUAGUUUUUCUUGGUUGUCCCCUCUUACCUAUCAGGCAAUUGUUUCUUUUGUAAGGCCCUGAACUAUUGCUGACUUUUAUACUGUUUGUUUAAUGACCAAGGCUUGUGUUUCAUUCCUACCCCUUUAUUAUGCAUUUAAAUUUAUCAGGUGUAUCAAGUUUAAAUACUGUGUAUUUACCACUUUUAAAUUAUAUUACCUAAGAAGAAAAAAAAAAUCCUAAGUGUUUUUCCACACAGUUGUUCAAGCUUCUCUGUAAAAGUUGAAAUAAAUGACAUGCAACCAAACCCAGA